AUGAUCUACUUGGACCCUGAAAAAGAGAGCAACGAAGGGGAAGAUGUGGUGGUGUUCUUGUGUCUGAUUGAUUUCAGCCCCUUCGCGACCACACAUAGUUCCCAUCAAAAAUUAUGUUGCCCUCACCGUCUCUUAUAUCAAAUACCUAUUACACCUCCUUCAUCAAUUCAUUAUUUUUCUUCCUCAUCGGCUACGGUUCUACUCUAUCGAUGCUUUCUCAACGUUCCAGUUACAAACACUGGUGGUAGAAGAAGACGGUGGAUCGGCGGUACCAUACCAAGCGCCUAUACAGUUUCAAAUUCGCUCAGAUGGCCACGAACUUCGUACCAAAUCGAUUCAUACCCAAUCGGGGUACGAAAGCGUUCCAAACGAUUCCCGGAUCGUAAAUCGGCACGGAGUCAAGAUAGUUCCAAAUCGGGCAAUGGCAUUGAACAUGAGCGAGCUAUUCAACAGGAGAAAUGGGAACCCGUUUUGAUGCAGCAACGACAUGGGAGUUCGAUUGUUGAAGUCUAUCGCAUUAUAGCAGAGACUGUUGACCAAUUUUUUGCUCUAAAGAUUCCUAUGAGAUCUGGAGAAAUGAACAGCCUGUUCUGA